AUGCGGAUCUUCGUCCUCCCUCUCACCACGCGACAAGCCCUAAUCUACUGCCAGCGCGCUGAACAAAAGACCACAGCCAAGGCAGGCAUAGCGGAUCGAGUCACUCGCAAGGCCGCUCAAUUGUGGGCAGACUGGGAAGCCGCCGAUAAAGGCUGGAAAAAGCAGAUCGUGAAAUAUGGAAACCAAGGCCUACAGAGAAUACCAUACCAGGAAUGGGCAUUAAAGAGCUUCCCUCCUUCGAACCCAAAAUUGCAGGCAGAGGAGAUUGCAGCGAACAAGAAAUACGACGUGACCUACCCUGGAAAUGUCAUACGGAAAGACGAUGUUCCCAAAGUCAUGGCUAGGCUUGCCCGAGAACGGAAACAGUUGCACUGGAAUCGGUUUGUCGCAAGUUUGGUCGCCAUGCCCUUCACUAUACCAUUCGCCCUGGUGCCUAUAAUACCCAAUAUCCCCUUCUUUUACGCUGCCUACCGAUGUUGGUCUCAUUGGAGAGCUUUGAAGGGAUCUGAUCAUUUGGACUUUAUUCUGGAUCACCGACUCUAUCGACUACUUUCCACUCCCGAGAUCGAGGAUCUGUAUGAGCAGAUUGCUCCGGACGCUCCUGACUUUACCUUUGUGACGCGAAUUCAAGUUCUUGAUGGCAGUGCUCCACCGGAGCAGAUCCUCCUUCCCUUAGGCAGCCAUAGUCUGGUUGCCAAAGUGACUGGCGUCCCAGAAUUGAGUAACGAAGUUGAGCGUGCACUGUGGCAGAUAGGUCGACAGUCCGAGCAGGAGAAGGCCCAAGAAGCUCAAGGACAGCCGGGAGAACAACCGGGGAAAGGUGCGGAAGAGUCAGACAAGGGUAGCACACCGAGAUGA